ACUGAUUUUCUACUGAGAGGACACACGGUUACGAGAGCACGAACGCCAACAAAGACGCACAGCCACAACCAGACACACGGAAACAGACGCCAUGGCCGAUUCCAAGCAGGAUCCCGUCGAGAAGCUCACCGAAGAGGUGAAGGAUGUUGCGGUUGCCGAUAACAACCAGCAGGCAGACAAGCAGCAGAAGAAGAAGGACAAGAAGGACAAGAAGAAGAAGAAGCAGCAGGCCGCUGAGAAGCACCAGGAGAUGCCUCCUCCAGAGUACAUCCCCUUCCGUGAGGACAUCUUCGACGAGCUCUACAAGCAGUACCGUGCAGAGAUUGAGAGCAAGGAGUCCAAGCCUAUCAAGAUUACGCUGCCGGAUGGCAAGGUUGUGGAUGGCGAGUCGUGGCGCACGACCCCAUACGACGUUGCAAAGAGCAUCAGCGAGGGCAUGGCCAACUCUGCUGUUGUGGCAAAGGUGAACGACACGCUGUUUGACAUGACGCGGGAGCUUGAGGAAGACUGCACCAUCAAGUUCCUCUUCUUCGAGGACGAGGACGGAAAGGAGGUGUUUUGGCACUCGAGCGCGCACAUUCUCGGCGAGGCGAUGGAGAUGUACUUUGGCGGGCACCUGUGCUACGGCCCGCCAAUUGCCAACGGCUUCUUCUACGACAUGGACAUGGGCGAGCGCACUGUCAACGACGCCGACCUCAAGGCCGUCGAGAAGGUCGUCAACAAGGCUGUGAAGCAGAAGCAGCCGUUCCAGCGCCUCGUGAUGACCAAGGAGGACCUCCUCCGCAUGUUUGAGCAUAACCCUUUCAAGCAGCGCAUCAUCAAGGAGAAGGUGACGGAGCCGAAGACGACCGUGUACCGGUGCGGCCCCCUCAUCGACCUCUGCCGCGGGCCACACAUCCGCCACACGGGCCAAGUCAAGGCGUUUGCUGUGACGAAGUCGUCGUCGUCGUAUUGGGAGGGCGAUGCCGGUGCAGAGUGCCUCCAGCGCGUCUACGCCAUCUCCUUCCCAAAGAAGGACCAGCUCAAGGAGUGGAAGAAGCUGAUGGAGGAGGCUGCAAAGCGCGACCAUCGCAAGAUUGGGCGGGAGCAGCAGCUGUUCUUCUUCGACGACCUCAGCCCGGGCUCGUGCUUCUUUGAGCCGCGUGGUGCCCGCAUCUACCGCACGCUCAUGGAGUUUAUGCGCGAGCAGUACAUCACCCGCGGCUUUGAGGAGGUGGUCACGCCAAACAUCUUCAACAAGCGCCUCUGGGAGACCUCGGGCCACUGGCAGCACUACGCCGAGAACAUCUUCUCCUUUGAGGUGGAGAACGAGACGUUUGCCAUGAAGCCAAUGAACUGCCCAUCCCACUGCGUGAUGUUUUCGCACCGCAACCGGUCGUACAAGGAGCUUCCGCUGCGCAUGGCGGACUUUGGUGUUCUGCACCGCAACGAGCUCAGCGGCGCGCUCACGGGCCUCACCCGCGUCCGCAGGUUCCAGCAGGACGACGCGCAUAUCUUCUGCCGCCCAGAGCAGAUUGAGGAUGAGAUCAAGGGGUGCCUUGCGUUCCUGAACGCGGUGUAUGGGACCUUUGGCUUCACGUACGAGCUCAACCUCUCCACGCGCCCGGAGAAGUUCCUCGGCGACGUCGAGGUCUGGGAACGGGCGGAGGCGUCGCUGGCCAAGGCGCUUGACGAGUUUGGGCACGAGUGGAAGCUCAACCCGGGCGACGGCGCGUUCUACGGCCCCAAGAUUGACAUCACUGUGCACGACGCGCUCAAGCGCUCGUUCCAGUGCGCCACCAUCCAGCUCGACUUCCAGCUGCCCAUCCGCUUCAACCUCGAAUAUGUGCCCGCACGCAAGGAGGAGGGCGUCGUGUACCGCCCUGUGAUUAUCCACCGCGCCAUCCUCGGCUCUGUGGAGCGCAUGUUCGCCAUCCUGUGCGAACACUACGCCGGCAAGUGGCCCUUCUGGCUCUCCCCACGCCAGGCACAGGUCGUCCCCAUCCACCCAGAGUUCAACAAGUACGCUGAAGAGGUGCGCAUGUUCUUCCACACGCACGGAUUUGCCGUCGAUGUCGAUGCCGACGACUCUCUCACGCUCCAGAAGAAAGUCCGCAGGGCCUGCGUCGAGCAGUACAACUUCAUCCUUGUUGUUGGCGAGGCCGAGUGCAAGAAGCGCACCGUCAACGUCCGCACCCGCGACGGCUCCAGGAUCGGGGAGCUGUCGCUUGACGAGCUGCUGUGCGAUUGGAAGCAGCUGCGUGACACCCGCGCCCCUGUCGACACCCUCCCCUCCCAGAAGCAGAAGCAGGAGGAGGAGCAGCAGCAGCAGCAGGAGGGAGAGGCUGCCAAGGAGGAGGCCAAGAAGGACGAGGGCGAGAAGGAGACCAAGGCAAACGUGGUGGAGCUGUAAGCUGAUGACACAUCCACAUACGCUCACACACAGCACGGAUGUGCGCCUGGUUUUGUCAUUUCAAACACAGGUUCCAAUCUCUCUUCUCUCUUGCUCUUCCCUUCGCUUGUGUCUCUCUUUCGUUGCGCGCGUUUCUGACGUUGAUUGUUGUUCCAUCACUGUUCUUCUUUGUGCCGUUGUUGUUUGCUCUCUGCUGAUGCCUGCUGCUUCAUACACUGCUCUCUGCCACUUGCGUGCUGCUUUUAGCAAUGACGCUUCUUCACAGUGAUACAUGUGUUUUGUUUGUUGCGUGACAUGAUGCACAAUGGCGCACCAAACUUGAACACUGUAGUCGUGACAUGCACUCGUGUAACUGUAAUGAGAUGAGACAACAACAUCACACACACA